AUGACUCUGAAAAUAAUUACUUUCGAAAAUAUCCGCAACCAUUUUUUAAAAAUUAAUCAAGUUUUUGAUAAUGGUUUGGGAACACACUCCUUAAAUAAUUCACAGCUUCGAAAGUCACUAUUCCAAAAAUAUGGUUACCAAAAAGAUGCAUUGAUUAACGAAAAUAAAUUCAUUGAUUGUUUCCAAUCAUAUUUGAAAACUCCAAUUUCAACUGAAGCAGUAAAAGUAUUUUUAGACUUUGAUGUAACAAAUCACGAAUUUCUAAAAAUUAAUAUUAAGUCGCUUUAUUUAAAUGAAGUAAAUAAGGUCAAAAAAAUAAUCGAGACAAAUUGUUAUAAACAUAAAAUUUCUGUUCUUCAAAAUUACUUUAUUCUUCCAUCUGGAGAUAUUAGUCACAUACAAAAGCUCAUGACAAAAAUAGACGAUAAGUAUACAGAAAGACUAUUCGAAGCAAUUAAUAAGUUCCGGAAUAUUUUGCUUUUGCAAAUUACAAAAACAGCUUCGAUUCAUUCCCCUUUAUUUGAUUCUAAUUUAUCAGCAAAGCGAUUUUCAAAAGAACAAACAGAUAUUCUUGAAACAUACUAUAACGAAAAUAAACUUAUUAACAAAAUUGAACUAAGCAAAAGGGUAGGCAUCACUGUCAAACAGUUGGAAACAUGGCUUAAUAAUAGAAGAGCCCGUUCUAAGGAAGAUAAUGACAAUGAUGAAGGUACAAAAAAAUUUUUAAAAGAAAAGAUGGAUUGGGAUACAAUGUUCGUUAGUAUUGAUAAAGGAACUUUAACUUCAAAAGACAUGGGUACUAUGAUAUUUGAACUAUCUAAUUGCGAAAAUGAGGAAGAAAAUUCUAAAGACGUUGAGAAGCAGCAAGCUAUACCUCCAGAAAAUUUAGAUGAAAUUUUAUUAAACGAAAAUUCACCAAGUGCUGUGGAAUCCAUAUCAACUACAUCUCGAAAAUCUUUGAUCCUUCGAUCACGUAUUACCAAAGAGGCACGUAAAUCAACAGCGCCUUAUUCUACAAUGACGCCUAGGAUAAAAAAAAAUUCUAAACAUACAAAUGUUGAAACAUCGACAAACAAUCCACAGUCACCUUUUCUUAAUCAAUCACUACAAACAGAUCCAACUUUUCAGCAUUCAGUUGAAUUGGCCAAUAAUUAUUCAGAUGGGUUAGAACAUACAAUUACUUUGAUUACAAACGAAGAACCAAAUUUAACAACAACAUCCAAUAGUUUAAAAGCUCGCUAUCGUCCCAACAAAAAUUAUGUAAGGACUAAUGCGUCACCAUAUUUACGUUUAUCGUCAAGCGAUCAAUCAAGUGCUAAAGGAAAAACAAGUGAGAUUAUGGAUAAUAUUAACAUUGAUUUAUUAUUAUCAACAAACCCUGCUAUUUUCAACGAAAAUCAAUUAUUGUUACAUAAUACAUAUAAUACAACGAAUAAUUUAUUAUUUCAUAAUAGUCAACAAUCUUUAGGAGAAGAUUUUAUGAACAAUUCUAUAGCAAAUAUUCAAUUAGGAACCAAUUAUGAAUUUGAAAAAUUACAAUCAAACAACAUAAUGAUUGAUAAUUGGUUGUACGAUAAGGGAGAAUCUAAUAAUAAUAAUAAUCCAUUUGAAACAACCUUGUCAGGAUUUGAUGUAAAUAAUUACUAUGAAACCAAUGGUAUUGUUCCAACGAAUAGUAGUACAGCAGGCAAUCCUUUGUUUAUGUUACCAGGGGUUGAAGGAAAUAAUUCAAUUGAUACCAUUCAUAAUAACAAUAUAACUUUAAAUCAAUCAUCUUAUUAUUUCGAAUAUAAUUUUAAUCCAAAUUGGGUAUCAAAUGAACCAUUGAACAUGAAUUAUACCUUUUUAGAAGAAGACACAACCUUGUCUGCUCCUACGAACAAUCUUUUUUCUCAAACAAAUUAUACUGUUCUGGGACAAAAUAAUAUUAGCAAUGAAUUAAAUGCAUUUUCACUCACAAAUUUUCAAGAACAAUAG